AUGAUGGCGACAAACGGCAAAGAAGCUUGUGGAGUCCCGGAUGAGGCGUCCGCGUCCGUAAACGGCGGCGCGAAGGAUUUAGCCAAGUCCCAGAACGGAGCAGCUACGCGUAACGGAGAAGCGGUCCGGCCGGAGAGGUUCGCCUUCAGUACAGAGCCCACCAUGGAGGACAUUCGGCGGAUGCAGGCAGAGUUUACGGACGAGCGGGACUGGAACAAGUUCCACCAGCCCCGCAAUCUGCUUCUGGCCAUGGUCGGGGAGGUCGGCGAGGUGGCGGAGCUCUUCCAGUGGCGAGGGGAGGUGGCCGAGGGUCUCCCGGAUUGGACCGAGUCGGAGCGCGAGCAGCUGGCGCACGAGCUGAGCGACGUGCUGAUCUACCUCGUGGAGCUGGCCGAGAAGUGUCGCGUGGACCUGCCGCGAGCGGUGAUCCGCAAAAUGGCACUGAACCGACUGAAGUACCCCGCCAGCAAGGUGCACGGCUCGGCCAAGAAGUACACGGAGUACGAGGACUGAGUCUGGGUCCGGGUUCGAGGAGACCGUCUGGGUUUGCGCUACUACCCGCUGCUGUUGCAGGUGACCGUGGCCUAGUGCCGAACACGGGCUCUGAUCCCGCGUUGACUUGUUGCAUAUGGACGUGGACGAGCGCUUCUCCUCGUCUCGUCUCGUCGUCUUUGUCGCCCGGCACGUGCACCGGUACCUCCAGGAGACAACACUGCUGAAAACGUCGUUUUUACUAUGCUUUUAUUCUGAAAUCCCGUUUUACUAUGAGAAGUCAUGUCUGAGGCAGUUUUUGGACAUUACGCACAUUUGAGCUGUAAGAGAGGUUGUGCACCAUCUUUAUAAGUUCUUGAACAGUUUUCUCAUUGUCUUUUAAAUGUUUUAUAUUUGUUCAUUUUUGAAGAUGUGUAAAAGAGGACUAGAGGUGCAUAAUGUGGACUGACAGAAGAAAAAUUGGACUGAUUUUUUUUUCCACCAAAUCUUGAUCACGUCUCCCUGUUUGGUUAAAGAAUCUUUCAUUUUCGUGAAGUAAAAGUGGCCUUAAUUCUUCA